CGGUGAAAGGCGAGUAGUACACACGUACAUAUAACAUUUGUCACGUGCGUUUUAUUAUUCUUUUUUCGUUAUUAUUGUGUUUUACGUACAACGCGUACAGUGUACCAGAAGCCGCCGAUUGCCCGACAGGUCGGAUUUGUAAACACGCGCAUUACACAGGUAAAUACAGCACACGCCGCCGCCACGAUGAACGUCUUUUGGACGUUUUCCGCAGUGCUCCUGCUCAAAGCAACAGUGAUCCAGUGCCAGGAAUACAGCGCGGAAAGAUCCUCGCAGUGUCCGGAACAACACGGCGAACAGACGUACCCACACCCCGACUAUUGCGAUCAGUUCUAUCUGUGCACGAACGGCACUCUGACGCUGGAACAGUGCGGUAACGGUCUGCUGUACGACGGCAAGGGCGCCGCCUACCACCACUGCAACUACCACUGGGCCGUCGAUUGCGGCAACCGCAAAGCCGAACUUGCGCCGAUCAGUUCUCCCGGAUGCGAAUACCAGUUCGGUCUGUUCUCAGACGGCUCCGCUUGCAGCACCAACUACGUCAAGUGCGAACACGGAACACCGUACGCUCUGCCCUGCGAACCUGGAUUGGCUUACGAUGACAGGAUCAAAAAGUGCAACUGGCCCGAUGAGCUCGUCGACGUGGGAUGCAACCCUGCAGAUAUAAUUGGAUUCAGCUGCCCGGACAAGGUGGACCCACACUCGGUGUCGGCCAAAUUCGAACCGUACCCGAGGUACGCCCUCCCCGGAGACGCUCACAGGCUCAUCACGUGCGUGCACGGUCAUCCAAGGUUGAUAAGCUGUGGCGAGGACAGCGUUGUGGACGAAUCUUCUCUGACGUGCGUCGAGAAAGGGUCUCAUUACAGAAAGAGAAAGUAGAUCAUAUCUUUAAUCCAUUUGUGCCAUGUUUAAAGUGUACAUUUUCACAUAAAAACCAUACUGUACAAAUCAUCAAACGACAUUGACACCGUGGCAUCGUUACAUGAAAACAUAUAAAAAAUAAUUUUUCUGGGAUUGUUAUUUAUACCAAAUUAAUAGUUAUAAAAAAAAAUAAUAAAAAUUUUCCAAUUAAC